CUGCUAUCGUUCGGAUUAUAGCGCCAGAGUUAUUCAUUGAUUAAUACGACUUAUUAGCUUUAAUUUUAGCGUUAUAUUUAGAUAUUUGAUUUAAUUAAUUAAAUUCGAUAACAGAGCAAAGAGUUUGGACUGGAAAAUUCUUCAAAAUAUAAUUUAGACGUCACGCUCUUUAUUGAUGGCGAGCUAAACAAAAUAUUGCGCAUCACGUUUAUUUCACCGGAUAUUAACUGCAUUUUUAGUCUUCACGCUCUUCCCUAAAAACAAUUGAUUAAAUCUUCAAUUAUUCGCGUUUGAAAUUAGAAUAAAAUAAUGUCUUACAAAGACAACGAUAAAAAAAGAGUUGCCGGUAAAACUCAGAAUUUCAAUUCUGGUGGUAGUGCCGAAAGAGAUGGCUACGGCCAGCGAUCCGGUCGUGAUUACGACCGCAACAAAGAUAAUGAUUCAAGUCAGAUAAGAGCUGAGGCAGGAUCUGACGGCAAGGCGGCCAAUGAAGUCGUCGGAGAUAGACCCAAUGACCUCAGGCAGGAAGGUCUUAUUGAGAGUAAUUGGGACGAAGUUAUUGAAAAUUUCGAUGACAUGAACCUCAAAGAAAAUCUGCUUAGAGGUGUCUACGCAUAUGGCUUUGAGAAACCAUCAGCUAUUCAACAGAGGGCAAUAAUGCCAUGCACGAAGGGAUUUGAUGUCAUUGCACAGGCUCAGUCAGGUACUGGUAAAACAGCAACUUUUGCAAUUGCAAUAUUGCAGAAAAUCGACACGUCCCUAAAAGAAUGUCAGGCCUUAAUUCUUGCCCCUACCAGAGAACUUGCUCAACAGAUUCAGAAGGUAGUUGUGGCGCUCGGGGACUACAUGAAGGCUGAAUGUCAUGCAUGUAUCGGGGGUACUAAUGUCAGGGAGAACCUACAUCGACUAUCAAGUGGGGUGCAUGUUGUCGUCGGUACACCUGGAAGAGUUUUCGAUAUGAUCCAAAGACGAGCUCUUAAUACAAAAUACAUCAAACAGUUUAUAUUGGAUGAGGCAGAUGAAAUGUUAUCCAGAGGAUUCAAGGAUCAGAUAUACGAUGUCUUCAGAACUCUCAAUGAAAAUAUUCAGGUCAUACUCCUAUCAGCAACCAUGCCUGACGACGUGUUGGAUGUCACCAAGAGAUUCAUGCGUGACCCAAUUAGGAUUCUCGUGAGAAAGGAAGAGCUGACAUUGGAAGGAAUCCGUCAAUUCUACGUCGUCAUAGAACAAGAGGAAUGGAAACUAGAUACGCUCUGUGACUUGUACGAGACUCUGACCAUAACGCAAGCAGUCAUCUUCUGUAACACCCGUCGCAAAGUUGAAUGGCUUACUGAGAAAAUGCACCAACGAGACUUCACCAUCUCUGCUAUUCACGGAGACAUGGAGCAAGGGCAGCGAGAUGUGAUCAUGAGAGAGUUCAGGUCGGGGUCCAGUCGAGUUCUCAUCACUACAGACCUCCUAGCUAGAGGUAUCGACGUGCAACAAGUUUCGUUAGUCAUCAACUACGACGUGCCCACCAAUAGAGAUAAUUACAUUCACAGGAUUGGAAGAGGUGGUCGUUUCGGCAGGAAAGGUGUCGCGAUAAACUUCGUAACGAAUGAGGACAGGAGAAUAAUGAAGGAUAUUGAAACAUUUUACAACACCACAAUAGAAGAAAUGCCCAUGAAUGUGGCUGAUCUUAUUUAAAUGAAUUGAAUGGAUCAAAUUAAUGAAUGAAUGAAGCAUUCCUUCUAUUGAAUUGCUGGAAUGAAUGAAUGAUUCCUUCUACUAAAUUUACUAAAUUGUUGGAUGAAUGAAUGAUUUCUUCUAUUGAAAAGCUGAAUGAAUGUUGUAGUUAUGUUAUUAAACUCAUGAUAGUUUGCUAGUAGGGUAUUACUAUUUUGUUAAUGAUGAACUAUAUAUUAAUAAUAUAUAUCUUAGAUUGAUUGGUUGGUUGAUUGAUAAAAAUUUUGUGAAUAUGUAUUAUAAUAAUAAAUAAAUAUGGAAGUUGUACGCGUU